GGCACAUCCAUCACCGGCAUUGAAGCAGGCACAUCAGUGGCGGGCACACAGAGAACUCUUGCUGCUGUUCGCUACUCAGCACGAGCAUGAUCGCAAUUGCCUGCAUUUUUGGGGCGUCCCUGCUUGGUCAGGCAUAUGGCUUGGCGGACGCUGUUUACGAGGCCAACAACUACCUGGACACAGUACUUGGUGUGGUACUGCCUUUGCAAGUGAAUGCGGCCAACAUGACCACGAUCCUGCUUCCAGGAUUCACUGUGCACCACAGCGAUGACACGGGAGAGGUGAACGUGUCUUUCGACAGCGGCGUCCUCGUCGGCUUCGGCAAGUGAUGAUUUGUGAAAGG